AUGACGGCAUCUACGCAGAUUUCGUCGCCUCUCGACGACCGGCCCGACGAGAAGGUCGAGAAUGGAGACUGGUCGCGGCGGUCCCGCUCUGGCUCGUGCUCGCUCACCAUUCUCAAGGCGCCGCGAGAGCUGCCAGCGAUCGAUGCGCGCAAGCCCAUCUACACGGCAAAACAAUCACAGAGCGCGCGUGGCGCCGCUCCAGAACCGCAGAAGCGCCUGUCCCUCUCCUUUGGCAGGUCUGGUCCCGCGCAGGUGCCUGGCCCAGGGCCCGCUUCUCUGCAUGAAUGCAAAAGCGCGGAGGGAGAGGUGGCCGUCACGGUUCAUCUCGCCGACUCGUCUGUCCUGCUGCCCUUUCUCGAUCGCCAGGCCGAGGUCGACGAGCUCCUCUUUUCGCCAAGCAGCAGGAAUGCGACGCUGACGGACCGCCUCCGUGAUGUUCUCGGCGGCGAGGAUUCUCGAGAGUGGCGCAGCUUCUCGCACCUUCUCGUCACAACCGGCCGUGAAGAGCUCAAUGACAUUGAAUGGCUCAGGCGAUUGCGCGACACAGUCUUUCCUCGGUCGCCUAGUCUCUGGACACAGCUUUGGCGCUGCCUUGGUGGCGAAGGCAUCGAUCUUCGCCAGGAUCUGACCAGGGACCACCAACACAGAGCUCGUUUGACGAAGCAUAUUGAACAGAAUCGGUGGUGGAACCGUGCACUCGACAACAACAAGGUCGAAGACGACGACAACAACGAUGGUGAUGAAGAGAAGGAAGACUUUUCCAGCGCCUACAGCCACGAACACGAUGCGCGAUGGCAGAAUAGCUUCGACGUCGAGGCGUUGCAUGAGGUUCCCUCAAGUUACGCCGACUGUCCUUCGUCACAGUCGUCGACCUCGAUGAGCCGAGAUGCCGAGCUCGAGUCUAAGCUACCGGAAGGCAAUCGCCACGACCAUCAACAAGGCAAUGGGCAUCGACGCCGGCGCAGUACGAGCAUCUACCGCAGCGAUGGAAGUGACACUUACGACUUCUCGGCCAAGCCAUCCGGCUCCUUUGCCGGCCUUCGCAUCGUACAGAAUCCUCAUCAGCCAGGCUCUUGGAGACGCGCAUCUGUGCUCUCAUCCUCCUCGUCUUCGUCUGGCGAGGACAACGUGUCAGUGCGCUUCCGGAAGCAUCGCGGCCUCGGAAGUCUCAUCGCACCUCGUUCGGCGUCCACCGACUCCUCUGUCGAGCAGCUUGGAUCGCAGCAUCGCUUCAUGCCUCGUAGAAAGAGCAUUGCGAUGCCCGACCUCGUCAGCCGCGGUGGAUCGCUCACGCCCCUCUCUCUCAAAAUGACACCUGCUAAGAUGGACGAGGAGAAGCAGCGCCGAUCUAGGCAUACGAUCUCGGGCCCUAGGAGCGCCAGCACAAGGGGCGAGUCCAUCAAUUCCCUUGCCUCGUCUUGGUCCGCCGGCGCGACUUCACGGCCUCAGGUCAGAAAAUCGGUCACCUUUGUCACACAGCCCCACUCUGGUGAUGCCGCCGAGGCGUCCGAGGGGGAGGACGGAGCAGCAACGCCGUCAAAGGUGGGACUCCUGCCCGAUGGGCGGACCAGACAUCCUUCUGCAGGCUCGGAUGACAUUGCGCCGGGACGAAAUGCGUUCCGGGACAGCCUGAGCAAGCUUGAUCGUUCCGGUGACGCCAUCCGGAGACUCGAUGGUGCUGCCUCCUUCUCGGCCGUAGGAGCCGACGACGAAGACGACCCGACAGAGUCGAGAGCAACCAGGCAGCGUCAUCGGUCAUCGAUCAGCACGGCGUCUGACACCUUUUCGACAGGCAGCCAGGCUGUAAGCAGCGAGGACGGCAGCAGUAUUUUCGACGAGCACGUCGACACGCCCUCGGAGGGCGGUGUGAAGAGCCCGUCGAGGGGUGGCGGUUAUUUUCUUUCUCCUCUUCCUCCACCGGUGCAUUUGCACGAUGCCGAUGGCCACUUCAUCGGUCUAAAAUUGCCCGACGAAGCGAGUGGCUCGAGUGCAGCAGAGGCUGGGGCAGCACAAAAAGGAGGUCGAGAAAUUGGAGCCGGCUCACCGAGCACCAGUCUAUCUCCCCCUUCUGUACGUCAUCGCCUUCCGAGCCCUACGCUCACAAGCUCGACCUACUUUACACGCUACCAUCCCGAGUCGACCUCACAAGGCAAAAGAGGUGCUGCCCUGUCGCCUCUCGAUAUUGGUGGCAAGAGGGGCGAUACAGAUGCCUUUCUGCUCUCGCCGGGUGGAACGAGGCAUGCGAUUGUAUUUCCAGUGCCUCCCAGCCCGCACGUCUCGCGAAGCAAGGAGCUCUCUGCGCUUAUGGAUCGCCCCGAAGCUCAAGAGACGCUCAAAGAAAUUGAAAGAACGAUCAGCAAGGAAAAGAUCGAAGAGAUGCGACGGCUCGUUGCACGGGUAGAUCGCAGCCAGCUGCCAGACGUCGCCUUGCUAGAACAAGUCGCAGGCGAAAUUUUUGGCCUCGUCGAUCAUAUGGAUGCAGAGUACUGCAACGAUGCCGACGCAAGGCAGAGGGCAGAAGAAGUCCUGGUCGAAGACUCGUACAGCCAGAGGUGGGAGGCCUUUGCGAAAGUCUGCCAGGACGUUUUCCAUCUCACCAAGCAUGACAUUGCCGAGGCCAAGAAGCGCUGCGGUCCAGCUUUGCAAUUCUCCCUCUCACCCUGA